AUGAGAUCUUCGUUCCUUCCUACUCUAUUUCUUGGAGCCACCACCUGGUGUGCGAUUGCGCAAUCUGUCGCAGCAAUAGAUUGCUUCAAGGAUGGGCAAGAGCUUCGAAAUGCAGUGAUCCAGUUUACCGGCGACGGUUGUUCGGAUGACAACAAUUGCAACAACGACAUCGUGCAAAAAUAUGGUUGGCCCAUAGGAACCUGGUGUGUUUCUGAAGUCACCAACAUGGAAGCCAUUUUCUAUACAAGAUCAUCCUUCGAUGAUGACAUAUCAAAGUGGAAUGUCUCAGCUGUUAAUGACAUGAGUUGGAUGUUCCAUGGUGCAGAAUUGUUCAACCGAGACUUGUCAUCUUGGGAUGUUUCUUCGGUCACAACUAUGUUUUCUAUGUUCGAAGAUGCAGCCACAUUCAACCAGGACUUGUCAUCUUGGGAUGUUUCCUCUGUCACGAACAUGCGAGACAUGUUCCGUGAUGCAUUAUUGUUCAAUCAGGAUUUGUCGUCGUGGGAUGUUUCUUCUGUGAAGGACAUGGGGUGGAUGUUCGCGAAUACAAAUUCAUUCAAUCGCGACUUGUCUUCGUGGGAUGUUUCUUCUCUCACUGACACGUCAGACAUGUUCGCGGGUGCUAAGGCAUUUAACCAAGACUUGUGCUCGUGGGGAACGAAGUUGCCCAAGAAUGAAAAUAUUGCUGCGGAGAUGUUUCCUGGCUCCGGAUGCACAUAUACUACGACCGAUUUUGAAGCCGGUGGACCAUUCUGUGCAUCAACUUGCGGCGUAUCUGGUGCCAGCAGUGUGUCGACCGUUUCGGGUUGCGUUGCAACUCUACUGUCCGUAUUCUUGGUAAACUUGUUUCUGCUGGCUCACUAA